ACGAGGUGGCGCUGGAGGCGGAGGAGGAGAUCUACUGGGGUUGCUUCUACUUUUUUCCCUGGCUGCGCAUGUGGCGGAGGGACAGGAGACAGGACUUGGCCAGGUGUCUGGAGAAUCUUCUUCUGAGAGUGAAUCUAAACUACUGUAAGCCCAGAGUUGUAGGAAGUGGGCUGUGAGAGGAGAAGAUUCCUAGACGCCGACUCCCUCAGCCUGCCACAGGGGAGUGACUUGGGAUGGUUGGAGAUCUUUCCUACAAUUAAUACAGCAACUUCUGGCUCCCCCAGUGUUUCCCAGGUUAAAGAUACUUGGCAUCAGUUCUUGCUCUAUCCCUAGGAGAACCCAAAGGCCACAGCUCCCUGCCACCCUUGUCUUGUCACCUAGUUGACCUGAGACUCUCUAGCUCCUGAAGUGCUGAGGGUGAGGGACUCCUAGUGGGCCUGCUUUCAGUUAGGGAGGAGACCCAGCACCAGAAAAGGUACAGGGAAGAUUAAGAAAAGAGACGGCCCAAUUUAUGGGGCAAAGCUAACUUUCAGCCUGGGGCUCCCCCCCUCACAGCAGACUGUGGCUAGGGAGAAGACUUGGCCCUAUCUUUGGAAGAGCCAAAGGGGAGAGAUGGGUGCAUACCUGGAAGAAUUUAUUUCUUGUCUUCCCAGGUAUCUGGAUCAAUUGGUCCAGGAAAGACCACAAAGUAUGUGGCAGACAACCAGCUGAUGGAGAUCUGGGAUAAGUAAAUGGCCUCCCAAGAGCUGCACCCAAGCUCUGGGGCACAAGUCCAGACUGGAGGGUGGGAGAGACUCCAAGGCCUCUAGGUACUAGCAGUUCAAGAUGAGUGACCUCUGGGUUGUGGCCACCUUCAAGAACGGACCCAAGUUCCUGAGCCAUUUCUUCAGAACUUCUACAUCAGGAACCCUGUCAGAAGUGGAGUGCCCUGUCCAGCCCUGGGCCAACACCUCACCAGGACACUGUCAGAAUUCCCGAGUAUCCAUAAGACAAACUCCAGGAAAGGGCCUUCAGGCCUUACCCUGGACAGGAAGGAGGAGAAGCUCGAGCUGGUCAGCAUGGCACGGGGACUAGUUCUUACUCUUGGAACGGAUGGUUCCUCCCACUUGUUUCAGCAGCCCUGCAGCAGCAAGAUGCCCAGGAUAGGUUUGCGUCCCUAUCCCGGGAGAAGGCCUGCCCCUUAGAGGAGAGUUGGCCACAGAGCAGAAGGCUGCAGAAGGCACCCUUACAACAACCAGAUAAGGUCUGGAUUACUAGGUUAUGACUCAGUUUAUGUUUCAAAAAGAAAGCAGGACUUGAGGAUUGAAAUCCCCAGACCAGGAGUGGGAAAUUCAAGGUGCCAGAGGCAUUAAACUUAGCAGCUUGUCCCCACCACAGGCAGUCCCUGGCUUCCUGGAAAGGACAAGAGGAGGAGGAGGACUUUUGCUUUAGGGGGUAAGGGGAAGAAGGGAGUGGAGGCUGGAAAUGCAAUUAGGAGACAAGAGACAGGAAGGAGAGGAGAAGUUAGGGUUUUAGCAAGAUGAUGGGAUGCAGGGAUGCAAAAUGUAUAAGGUUUGGGGGGGGGGUGAAUUACUGGAUCUGGGUGGGCAGCAGGGAGAGGCUGGAAUUUGAAUAGAACAAAAGAGAAGUAAUUGAGCUCUUGAGUCUGAUGUCUCAAUAAGCCAGGACUGAGUCUGGAACCCCCAGGACCCUGCUGGUAAGAGGCUGCUAUUUGUGGGACAAGACCAGGCAAAAAUAGGAUGGUAAGAUUUCUUGGGUCUUUUUCUUGUUUGACAGCAGCAAUCUGGCACCAAAGAACUUUAUCUUCUCUUCUCUUUCCGCCUUAUCCACCCCAUCCUUCUGCCCUGUCUCAUCUCCCUGGGUAAAGCAGCCCUCACCUUAGCAUCCCAAAGGUACCCCAGUAGCACCCAGCUCCUCACUCUGGAUGUGACUGUCCCAGCCAAGACUCAUCCUCAGCCAGCAGAGCUUGCUUUAAGGAUCCAUACCCAUCAAUUUUUCCUGAUAAGACAGGCAGGCUAGGGCAGGAAGGAGAGAGGGGAAGAUGAAGGCAAGUUGGUGCUGGCCUGCCAUCUGCUCCCACCCCACCCACAAUCCCUAUGAGAAUUUGUGUGUGAUUGAAUGAUUGUGAAGACACAACUAUGUGGGAGUGGGACUUUGAGUACAACUGGGGCUAUGUGAUUCUGUCUCUGGACAUAAGGUUGACUGAGUGAUUGAGGUGUGACUAUGACUGUGGGUUUGUGAGUGUGAAUGUCCAUCCCUGAACAUGUGGAUACUUAGGUGCCCUUAUUCAGUCACUGUACCAUCAGUCUUCACAUCAGCCACUACCCCUCUCUCCAGCUUCUCUGUCCAGGGCUUAGAAGCCAAGCGAAAUGGCAGCCCUGGAAGAGGAAGGGGUCUGUGGCAAUUAGGGCCCAGGAAUGUCACAGGAUGAGCAAUACAUCUUCAUCUGCCUCUGACUCACCUGGUGCCCCAGGUAAAAGGCACCAGAUAAAAGGUAGGGGAGAAGGAGGAGGAGAGAGAGAAGUACCCAGGCUGAGCAGCAUGAAGGGGCCCUCAUCCACAAGCAGCGUCCUGCUGCUGCUGCUGCUGUUGCUGCUGCUGAGCCCAGACCCUGGAGCAGCACUGCCACUGCCAACCAGCAUUACCUGCUGUACUCAGCUCUACCGCCAGCCACUCUCGAACAAGCUACUGAGGAGGGUCAUCCGGGUGGAAGUGCAGGAAGCUGAUGGGGACUGUCACCUCCAGGCCUUUGUGCUUCACCUGUCUCGACGCAGUGUCUGCAUCCACCCUCAGAACCGCAGCCUGGCUCGGUGGUUCGAGCGCCAAGGGAGGAGGCUCCAGGGGACUCUGCCUAACCUGAAUUUGGGGCUGAUAGGGAAAAUGGGCCAGGGGCCCCAGGAGCUGGAACAAUAAAGCAGCACUGGAUAACAGUC